AUGGAACAGAUAGUUGCUGAACAAGUCGAAGACAUUGUCGUGGACUCGGCUCUUCCCUUUUUGCCGGAGUAUUUGGAGAAUAUUCUGGCAUCCUUCGCGCAGAUGCUUCCAAAGUGGGUGGAGUACAAUCCACCCUCAAUUGACCACCCUUUCGGGAUUAGUUUAUGGAGCAUCUUUACCAGGGUGUUCGAAAGUAUUGCUGGGUACCCAGCAGAGGAGUUCAAGUUUGUUCACGGGGAGACAUUUUUGGCGAAUGCCCCACACGCAAUUGGUAUCAUUGUAUGCUACUACAUUGUCAUCUUUGGUGGGCAGGCUCUCUUGAGAGCAGUCAAUGCGCGUCCCCUGAGCUUCCACUUUGUUUUCCAAUUGCAUAACCUGUUUUUGACCUCCGCAUCCUUUGUUUUGCUCGUUUUGAUGCUGGAACAGUUGAUUCCUAUGAUUUACCACCAGGGUCUUUUCUGGUCCAUCUGUGCCCCACAGGCUUUCGCCCCAAAACUGAUUACUUUGUACUACUUGAACUACUUGACAAAGUUCUUGGAGUUGAUUGACACCGUGUUUUUGGUUUUGAAGAGAAAGAAGUUGCUGUUCUUGCACACCUACCACCACGGUGCCACCGCUUUGCUAUGCUACACUCAAUUGAUGGGCCACACUGCCGUUGAGUGGGUCCCUAUCUCCUUGAACCUAGGUGUUCACGUCGUCAUGUACUGGUACUACUUCCUAAGCUCCUGCAACAUUAGGGUCUGGUGGAAGCAAUGGGUCACCAGAUUCCAAAUCAUCCAGUUCCUGAUCGAUUUGGUCUUUGUCUACUUUGCCACGUACACUUUCUACGCAAACAAGUACUUCGACAACAUCUUGCCCAACAUGGGCACCUGUUACGGGACUCAGGACGCAGCCGCUUACGGUUACCUGAUCCUGAGCUCGUACCUGGUUCUGUUCAUCUCUUUCUACAUCAACUCCUACAAGAAGAGAGGGACUGCUGCCGCGGCAAAGAAGAACGAAAAGGCGGCCGCUAAGAACAGCUCGACAAGCACCGCUUCAAAGGGGAAGACCACAGGCUCCAAGUUUAAAAAGACCAAAGCUUCUUCCAGAAAGGCUUGA